UCCUCACGGCUUCGGACAACAAAAUUUCUAUCUACACAAAGAUGGCAGACCCAGAGUUAGAGGCGAUCCGAGCUCGGAGAAUGGCUGAAAUGCAGCAGCAAAUGGGGUUGCCAGCAGGGGUAGACAGUGGUGCUGGCUACCCUGGUGCAUAUCAGCAGGGAGGGGGUGACCAAAAAGCUGAGCAGCAAGCCAGACAAGAAGAAAUGAAGAACACAAUUCUGGCAGGAAUCCUGGACCAGGCAUCUCGUAGCAGAUUGAACAACUUGAAGUUGGUGAAACCAGAGAAGGCAGCGAUGGUAGAGAACAUGUUGAUCCAGAUGGCACAGACUGGACAGGUACAGGGGAAGAUCGGUGAAGAUCAGCUGAAGAAUAUCCUAGAGCGUGUUAGUGAGCAGGCAAAACCAGUGGGAAAAGUCAAGUUCCAACGUAGGAAAGUUUUUGAUGAUGACAGCGAUGAUGACUACUAGUCUUUGAGAAGGGCCAAGGCACCCAUGUCAUCAGCAAUGUGCCUCGUACUAAAAUAAAGGGACUGCCAUUUGGACUUGCACCUAGUGCAUAUGACUGUUCUUGCAGCUACAACUACAUAACUACAGAUGCUUCAGAAGGAUAAGCAGUAUUGUAUGAGGGACUGUAUAUGUUUCCUGUAAUACUCUAAGUAGAUGGUGAUUUCAGCAUUGCAACAUAUACUGUGGAAGCUUAGCAAUAAGAUGUCAGCACCAAAACACUUUAAAUUAAUACUGUACUGUCUCUCGGUACAUCAUAGAUAUAUUCUGUCAAAUGAUUAUGAUCCCGUUUUUCAAGGGAAACUAAACAGCAUUCACAUUAUGCUUAAAAUGUUUGAGAAAUUUUUGAGAUUAUGUAUUGCAAAGCUAGUUGCUGUGAAACAUACACUAUUCAUUUGUACAAGGUAGCAUCAUUUAUGCGUGCCACUUUUUUGUAGUUUUUGGCUGAAAAACAUAAUAUUUAUAGUUUUCAUGGUGUGACUAUUACUAAUACAUGUCUAGGUU